CUGGCGGACUCUAUGACCUUGGAGGACCGCGCAGGCUGAAAGUCCCAUGAGGUUGCUGAUGACUUGAAGCCUUGCCCACCACCCACGAGCCUACCUGGGGUGGGGGGUAGACACCGAACUUGACCGUGACUUGGCUCCCCGUGACCUGCGAUGACCGCUGAUGGGCUGCAAGCUUGCGCUGCUGGGCGUGCUGUACCUGGUGCAGGGCUUGCCCCAUGGGCUCCAAGCCGGGCUCCUACCACUGCUGCUCCGCUCCCAUGGUCUCUCGCUGACCCGCGUGGGGCUGACCCGCGCCCUGCACGCACCCUGGCUGCUCAAGGUGGUCUGGGCCCCGCUGGUGGACCGGAGCGGCUCUCAGCGGGCCUGGCUGGCUCUGAGCACAGGAGCCUUGGGGCUCCUGUGCUCGCUCCUCGCGGCGCUGCCCCCUGUCUCGGGGUCUGCCUCCUCGGGGAUGCCGGCAGGGGCGGCUGUGCUGCUGCUGUUGCUGAAUGCUGGGGCCGCGGUGCAGGACGUGGCCUUGGACGGACUGGCCGUGCGACUGCUGGCUCCAGCUGAACUGGGCCCAGGCAACACGGUCCAGGUGGUGGCCUACAAGCUAGGAGCGGCCCUCGCUGGUGGGGGGCUCCUGGCGGUUGCUCCCGACCUCACGUGGGGGCCCCUCUUUCUUGGGCUUGCCGCAGUCUAUGCACUGACUGCUGCUGUAGCCUGGUGGGCCCCUGCUCUGCAGUUCCCACCCCUGCAGGCCCAGGAGAGCCAUUGCUACCCAUCUCGAGGGAUCCGAGCCCUCCUGGCUGUGCCAGGGACUCCUUGGACUGCUGGCUUUGUCCUUCUUUAUAAGUUGGGUGAACAAGGUGCCAUCAGCAUGUUCCCUCUCUUUCUGCUGGACCAGGGGGUAUCAGCUACAGAAGUGGGGCUGUGGAAUGGCAUGGUGGCCGUGGGCUUCUCCAUUGCUGGCUCUUCCCUGGGUGGUGUCCUUCUUGCCAGGCACAGGCAGCCCCUGCCUCUCCUGAAGCCCCUUCUCCAACUGCGUAUUGGGGCCCUAGCCUUCCAGAUGGCUCUGCUCUUCUGCUUCCCUAGCUCCAGCCUGGGGAGCCUUUUAAAAGGAGCUGCCCUGGUGAGCCUUGGCCCCCAGCACUUUCUGAGUGGCACUGUGACUACUCUCACCUUUGCUCUCAUGAUGCACUGUAGUCAGCAAGCACACAGCACAAUCCAGUCUACUCACUACAGCUUCCUGGCCACACUGGAGCUACUGGGGAAGUUGCUGCUGACCACAGGGGCUGGAGCCCUGGCAGAUGGGCUGGGCCUGGGGCUAUGUUUCACACUCUUCCUUGUCCUCUCCCUGGUAGCCCUGCUGUACUUGGACUUAGCUCCCAGUAACCUGGGUUGAACAGGGGGAGAAAAUGAAGAGAACACUGUCUCAUUUCCUGCUUCCCACACCCUAAACCAAGGCUAGACCCUGGGAUCUAUUUUCAGUAUCAAUAAAAAUAUUGAACCUUUUA